GCGAAGCAAUACAACCAAUUAUAUUGGGAUGUAAUGGGAGUUUAAUUAUUUCCCUCAGAUAACUUGCAUCCAUAGUUGUAUUGUUCUCCUACAAAUGUAGGAGAGAGCCUAAAAAUGGUUGACCCUAAAAGUAACAGUCGUUCUUAACCCACGGAUUUCCAUCUCUGAUAAUAAGACCCUAAAAGUAUGGAACUAAUUCAUAUAAAACUAUUUAAAAGAGACUAUGCGAGUGGUCCAAAGCAGUUGUUAUUUGGACAUUAAGGUCAUCGUGUCAGGUUGUCAAGAUCGUUCUUAUGCUAGUUUUUUUUUUCAAGCACUUCAAGAAGUAUAUUUUCAUCGUAUGUACAACCGGGAAGUGACAGCCGCUAUCAUAUAUAUAGUACAUUUUUUUUUUUGAGGUGCUAUUGUUGUUACUGUAUUUUUGUUUAUUUAUAUUACCACAAUUGAUAGAUAUGAAAACAGAACAAACAUAUCCUUUUCUUAUUUAUUUGUUUAUAGUAAUAUGCCUAUAGAACAAUUAUUAGUUCAAUCUAUUGAUGAACUCGCUAGUCAAAUUGAAUCAGCUCAUAAAAAUGGGCGUCAUGUGUUCGUUUAUUUUACUGGUUCAACUGAUAUGAACACUGGGGAUAGUUGGUCAGAGGAUUGUUGUAAAUGUGAAUCUAUUCUAGAAAGUACGAUUGGAGUUACUAAGGAUAGUGAUUUAUUUUUGAUGGUUGAAGUUGGCAACGAAAAGGAGUGGAAUGAUUCUAAUAACAAAUUUCGAAUUCAUCCACUUUAUCAACUUAAAGAAUUGCCUACAUUACUAUCAUUAUCAUUUGUAAGUGAGAUUUGUUUUAUAUGGGGCUGAUUGUUUUCUUAUAGUUUUGAUGAUGAUUUACAAUAGUUAAUUUUUUUCGAUUCAGAAUCAAUUUAUAGCUACAUUUCUGUUAUAUUUUGUUAUUUCUUUUUUUUGACGGAGGGUGGGUGGAAGAAAACAAGGGGGUGGCUUUCUAUUUGUAAAACAAUACUUUUACUCAAUGAUUUUCAUCUUCAAACCCCUUGAUACAACUGCUUUCAUUUGGUUUAAGGUCAUUCCCAGAUAUCUGUACUUAGAUGCUGAGAAAUGGAAAUUAUAUUGCAUUCUCUAUAUGAAAGGAUCCUUGAAGAAAUUAAACUUGAUUAGACUACUAGUCAAGUUAUAAAUAUAUGAUAUGACACUAUACCCCUCCCUCCAAGAGUUAUCCAUACAUAAACGACUGAUUGAUGUAACCUUUGUGACAAUCGUCAUUCAUCUUUUCAUUGAUAUUUCGGGGCACCACUUGUAAAGUUUCCCUGUCUGAAAUAUUAUUGGAAGUAUGUGAACAACCAUUUUCCUCCAUACCAAAGCUUUUUCUUUCCAAAUCGGGAAGUGACUAUGUAAUAAGAUUGAUUACAAAUUUUUUGUGAAUAGCUCUCUAUUAGCUUUUCAGACCUUACUCCCUGUACCAAAAAUACAAAUGGUGUACUGCACUAAGAGUUGACCUUUUAUAACCCUUAUCUUUCUAUUAUGGAAAGAUAAGCAUUUUUUGAAAAUGCACUAUUGUACCGCGGUACAAUCAGACAAGCUUAAUCACACUGUGUUCAAAUUUAAACCAGAAUGGAUGAUCUUUUAUCUGUUGAUUGUUUUAAUGACCAGUAAUGACAGAAUAUUAGUGUAAACUUUACCGUUCGAUAAGAUGUUAUCAACUACCCUAUUUACAAUACAUUACAUCUAACAGUUGAUUGAUUGUAAUAUUCUUUUUUUUUCUUCUAUUUACAUAAAUUAACAGUUAAACGGACAAAAACAUAUA